AUGGUGCGGGGGCACCUCAAGCGUGAGAACCUUGAGUUAUAUAAAGGCGUGCACGAAUCCAGAGACAAAGAACUCAAAAGAGUGCCAAGCGCUAUCUUUUUCUAUUAUUGGUUGCCGGGAGCAUGGGAGCCGAUAUUGCGGGAUCUUGAGAGCUUUCACGAAGAGCCACCAGAUAUGGCCGGUCCUCCAAAGCCAAAAAAAGAAAAAGAGAAAAAAAGCCACAAGGAAAUAGUGGUGAAGAUCGUGGGGAUAGUUGAGGGCCGUGCAAGAAGCUCAUUCUCUCCUCCAUACGUCGGCGGUGACGAGCCGGGCCAUAUUGAAAUGAAAGAUCGCCGGUCAUGA